CGGACGCCAGCGCCAUGCCCACUCCCAACGCCGCCUCGCCACAGGCCAAGGGCUUCCGCAGGGCUGUCUCCGAGCUGGACUCCAAGCAGGCCGAAGCCAUCAUGUCCCCGCGCUUCAUCGGGCGGCGACAAAGCCUCAUCGAGGACGCCCGCAAGGAGAGAGAGAAGGCCGAGGCCGCGUCAGCUGCUUCCUCAGAGCCCGGGGACCCCCUAGAGGCUGCCGUUUUCAAGGACAAGGACGGGAAGGCCACGCUGAACCUUCUCUUCACCCUUCGUGGCGCCAAGACCGCGUCCCUGUCCCGGGCCGUGAAGGCAUUCGAGACGUUUGAAGCCCAAAUCCACCACCUGGAGACCCGGCCCCCGCAGAGGCCACGGGCAGGGGGCCCCCACCUCGAGUACUUUGUGCGUUGCGAGGUGCCCAGCGCCGACCUGCCCGCCCUGCUCAGCUCCGUGUGCCUGGUGGCAGAGGACGUGCGUGGCGCCGGGGAGAAUAAGGUCCUCUGGUUCCCGAGGAAAGUUUCCGAACUGGACAAGUGCCACCAUCUGGUCACCAAGUUUGACCCUGACCUGGACUUGGAUCACCCGGGUUUCUCGGACCAGGCGUACCGCCAGCGCCGGAAGCUGAUCGCGGAGAUAGCGUUCCAGUACAAGCAUGGCGACCCCAUUCCCCGUGUGGAGUACACGGCCGAGGAGAUCGCCACCUGGAAAGAGGUCUACACCACCCUCAAGGGCCUGUACGUCACCCACGCCUGCCGGGAGCACCUGGAGGCCUUCCAGCUGCUGGAACGCUUCAGCGGGUACCGGGAGGACAGCAUCCCCCAGCUGGAGGACGUGUCCCGCUUCCUGAAGGAGCGGACGGGCUUCCAGCUGCGGCCAGUGGCCGGCCUGCUGUCCGCCCGGGACUUCCUGGCCAGCCUGGCCUUCCGAGUGUUCCAGUGCACACAGUACAUCCGGCACGGGUCCUCCCCCAUGCACUCCCCCGAGCCGGACUGCUGCCACGAGCUGCUGGGGCACGUGCCUAUGCUGGCAGACCGCACCUUUGCUCAAUUCUCCCAGGACAUCGGGCUGGCCUCCUUGGGGGCUUCCGACGAGGAAAUCGAGAAGCUGUCCACGCUGUACUGGUUCACGGUGGAGUUCGGGUUGUGCAAGCAGGAUGGCAAGGUGAAGGCCUACGGCGCUGGGCUGCUGUCCUCCUACGGGGAGCUCCUGCACUCCCUGUCUGAGGAGCCCGAGAUCCGGGCCUUUGACCCCGACGCCGUAGCCGUGCAGCCGUACCAGGACCAGACCUACCAGUCCGUGUACUUUGUGUCCGAAAGUUUCAGUGACGCCAAGAGCAAGCUCAGGGACUACGCUUCCCGCAUCCAGCGCCCCUUCUCUGUGAAGUUUGACCCCUACACGCGGGCCAUCGACGUGCUGGACAGUCCCCAGGCGGUCCGGCGGUCCCUGGAGAGCCUGCAGGACGAGCUGUACACCCUCACGCGUGCACUGGGCGCCCUCGGCUAGGAGCCCAGGGGAGGUCCUGAGGUCUCCCCGCUCCCGUCCCCGGCCUGCCCCCGGCCGCUGCCCACGGGAGGGGCGGGGUUACUGGAUGCCCAAGAGCCCACCAGAGAGCCCCCCUGCUGGAAGGCACCCCGCAGACUCCUACCCACCCCACCCCGCCCCGCCCACGUCGCCCGCUCACAGCCUCAAUAAAAGGAAGCAGCCCUUCCAGCGCCUCCCUCCGCGUCUGUGCGCCGGCCUGGGCUCACACCCUGCUCCCAGCCUCGUCCCCAGGUCUCUCUUCCGCCUCCCUCCUCCUUCGAGACCUCACCAGGCUGCCCCAGCCAGAGAGAAGACACCCUGCUCACCCCAGAGGACUAGCCUGCGCCGAGCCCCCAGCAGCUCGGGGACGAAGGGGGCCUCAUCCCCGUGGUGUGGCAGUGUGGGGGAAGGGGGCCCAGGGAGCCCCACCUGGGGUUCACAGCUCUGGAUUUAGGGGGUGCAAUUCCAAGGCAGGGCUACAGGCUGGGCCCUCCCCACAAGCCGGGUGUCCCCACUAGAGGACAGGGGCACAGGGGCCAGCCCGUAGCAGGUGCAGGGAUGGGCCCGGAGGCGUCCCACCCGCUGGUUCACAGAUGACAUCUCUGGGCCUGAGUCCCCAGCAAGGCGGCUGCGGCAGGAUUCAGGCUGUGUAAGAUGCCCGUUGCCUCACUCGAGGGGUCUGGAUGUGGCCCUCCAGCUGCAGCCCCCCACAUCCUCCAGGUCUGGCCUAGCCCAGGGGCUCCCUCCUCCCACUUUGCCCCUGUCCUUGGAGAGAGCAGCCUGGGGUUUCCCUCUUCCCUGCUGCGGGGUGGGAAAUGCCCGCCUGUCUCCCAGGCCCUGCUCACUCCUGGCAGCCAUCCCCGCCCCACCCCACCAGGGCCCUGGCAUGAAGCUUUUAGGAUGUCAGUCCCGGCAAACUCCUAAUCACCCGUCAGGGCCCUCCCAGACAGAGACUUCUCCCCCAGCCCUCCCUGGCGGUCUGUCUGUCCGUCACCUGUGCCUUAAGCACCUCGCCCAUGCCCAGGCCUCCAAUACCUGCAUUUCUUCAGCCCAUGAGACACUGGUGGGGCCAUGUUUGAGGGCUGUGAUCCCCGCUGAGACCUGGGGAAGGGCUGAGGGCUGGCCCUGACACCCCCGGGGCAACAGGAGGAGACA